AUGUGGAAAUUGAAAUUCUCCGACGACGAAGACGACGGCCACCGCCAAUGGCUGACCACCGCCAACGGCCACGCCGGAAGACAGUUCUGGGAAUUCGACCCGACGCCGCCCACUCCCCGCCACAACGCCGCCGUCGACCAGGCCCGCCGGAGCUUUCAGGCCAGCAGCCAUAGCAUCCGUCAGAGCUCCGAUCUCCUCAUGAGGAUACAGUUUGCCCAAGACGACGGCAUUUUCCGACGCCAUGGUCGGAGUUAUGACAGCGACGGAAAUAGCGACGAGGACGUGGAGAAAAGAGUAGCAAAUGUGUUGAGAAAAGGGAUGAAAUUCUACUCAAGUCUCCAGGCUGACGAUGGACAUUGGCCUGGGGACUAUGGCGGCCCUCUUUUUCUCCUCCCAGGCUUGAUAAUAGCGUUGUUUCUAAUGAAUGCUCUAAGCUCAGCCUUACCGGAGGAGCAUCGUCGGGAGAUACGCCGCUACCUCUACAACCAUCAGAACGAAGACGGUGGAUGGGGCUUGCACAUCGAGGGACAUAGCAUCAUGUUCGCCACCGUGCUCAAUUAUGUCAUACUAAGACUUCUAGGCGAUGAACCGGGAGAUGAAGUUAUGAUCCGAGCAAGAUCAUGGAUUCUGGAUCACGGAGGCGCUACCUAUAUUCCCUCGUGGGGAAAAUAUUGGCUCUCGGUGCUCGGCGUGUAUGAAUGGGACGGGAAUAAUCCUUUGCCUCCGGAGUUGUGGCUCCUCCCUUAUUCGCUUCCUAUUCAUCCGGGCCGUAUGUGGUGCCAUUGCCGGCUCGUGUACCUCCCGAUGUCGUAUUUAUACGGUAAGAGAUUCGUAGGCCCGAUCAAUGCCACCGUACACUCUCUCCGUAAAGAGAUCUAUACUCAGCCUUACCAUCAAAUCGAUUGGGACUCGGCAAGAAUUCAAUGCUCCAAGGAGGACUUAUACUACCCACAUUCGCGCUUACAAGACAUCCUAUGGAAAUGUCUGCACGGAUUCGUCGAACCUCUUUUCAAGCGAUGGCCAUUCUCGAAGGUAAGAGAUCGAGCUCUAGGCAUGGUGAUGGACCAUAUCCGGUACGAGGAUGUCAACACGAACUACCUUUGCCUCGGACCCGUAAACAAGGUACUCAACAUGCUCUGUUGCUGGAUCCACGAACCGAACUCCACAUCCGUGACGCGACACCUUUCGAGAAUAAAGGACUAUUUAUGGCUGGCCGAAGACGGCAUGAAGAUGCAAUUAUAUAACGGGAGUCAGCUGUGGGACGUCGUUUUCACUGUCCCGGCAAUGCUCGCUACUAAACUGCAGAACGAAUACGGUCCGACAAUCGAACGGGCUCAUAACUUCAUCAAAAGAUCACAAAUUGGAAAAGACAGUUCCGGGAACCCGAGCUCUUGGUAUCGCCAUAGAUCGAAAGGCGGAUGGUCGUUUUCGACUGCAGAUCAAGGAUGGGUUGUUUCCGACUGUACGGCAGAAGGUCUAAAGGCAGCACUUCUUCUGUCGCAAUUACCGUCUGAGGUUGUAGGAGAAGCACUAGCGCCGGAUAGGCUGCACGACGCAGUCGACUUGCUUCUAUCGUUUCAGAAUAGCAGCGGAGGAUUCGCAUCGUACGAGCUCACAAGAUCCUACGCCUGGUUGGAGAUGAUCAAUCCUUCGGAGAUGUUCACAGACAUCAUGAUCGACUACCAGAACGUCGAGUGCACGUCCUCAGCCAUUCAGGGCCUGAGUCUAUUCAACAAGUUGCAUCCCGGAUAUCGCGCAGAGGACAUUCUAGCCUGCAUCAAGAACGCCGUCAAAUUCAUCGAAAGCAUUCAGUUAAUUGACGGCUCAUGGUACGGAUCAUGGGGCGUUUGCUACACCUACGGGACAUGGUUCGGGAUAAAAGGGCUGAUAGCAGGCGGGAAGAUGUAUGAAAACAGCUUCCACAUGCGAAAAGCGUGCGAGUUUCUCUUAUCCAAGCAACUCCCCGACGGGGGAUGGGGCGAGAGCUUCCUCUCAAGCCAAGAUAAGGUGUACACAAACUUGCCAAACUGCAAACCUCACAUUGUGCAAACUGGAUGGGCAAUGUUGGCGCUUAUCGAAGCAGGGCAAGUAAGUGUGGAUGCAAAUCCACUGCACCGUGCUGCUAAAGUGCUGAUCGAUGCUCAGAUGGAGAAUGGCGACUUUCCACAACAGGAAAUCGUCGGCGUAUUCAACAAGAACUGCACGAUCAGCUACUCGGCUUACAGAAACAUCUUCCCGAUUUGGGCGCUCGGAGAAUAUCUCAACAAAGUGUUGCGAGGCUGA